AUGGGGAGGGAUGAGUGUGAGAAUAAAAGAGUCAUUAUUGAAAAAGGAAAGUUGAUUAAGAAAGAUUUUAACAUAAUGGAGGAGGCUGGAGGUGUUGGUAAAGAGUUUAUUUUAGAAGUGCCUAAGAGAUCCAUUUGUAUUGGGCUGCUAUCUUCUAAAUCAAGACAAGGGAAUCGUGAAUUCAUCACAGAAAUUGGGAUGAUUUCUGCAUUACAACAUCCAAAUCUUGUUAAGGUUUAUGGUUGUUGUAUUGAAGGAAACCAAUUGUUGCUUGUUUAUGAGUAUCUACAGAAGAAUAAUCUUGCUCGUGCACUUUUUAGCCCUGAGGAGCAUUCAUUGCAUUUGGAUUGGCCAAUAAGAAUGAAGAUAUGUUUGGGAAUAGCAAAGAGGUUGGCUUACCUUCAUGGAGAAUCUAGAUUGAAAAUGGUUCAUAGAGAUAUAAAAGCUACUAAUGUUCUACUUGAUGAAAACUUGAAAACCAAGAUCUCUGACUUUGGAUUGGCUAAGCUUGAUGAAGAGGAGAAUAGUCAUAUUAGUACAAGAAUUGCAGGCACAAUUGGUUAUAUGGCUCAUGAAUACGCGAUGAGGGGUCAUUUGACUCAUAAAACUGACGUUUAUAGCUUUAGAGUUGUGGCAUUAGAGAUUGCUUAUGUUCUACAAGAGGAAGGAAACUUACUUGAGCUUGUUGAUCCAAAUCUUGGCCCAAAAGAGGAGGUCAUGGGGAUGCUUCAUAUAGCUCUUUUGUGCACAAACCUGUCUCCAAGUCUCAGACCAUCCAUGUCUUCUGUGGUUUGUAUGCUCGAAGGUAAAGUUGCAAUUGAAAUAUCGAACAUCAAGCGCAACACGGUUGAUCGAGAUGCAAGGUUCAAAGCUUUGGAUCAGAAACUGUCACGAGGUAGCCUAACGGGCAUUUCUAUUUAUUUGUAA